GUACUAAACUCUUUCCCUGUUUUACAUCUGAUCUGGAUGACUGAUUUUGGGUCUCAUGUCCUCACGUGAUCCGGGAAAAAGGAUAGACGGGGUGGAUUUCUCACAGACAUCACGGUGGACCCCACCUAGUAUUCCAGCCCAGGAACUCUUUGCUGCAGAAGGCUUUGGCGGAGAGGGAGAUGUGAAGAACAAGUGGCGAUCACCACGGUCUGACCAAUUCCACGCGCGCGAGGCUCUCUGGUGGGACCUUGACCGAGCGGUACCAAAUGGCCACAUUUACACGCAUGCCACCUUCUCUCUCCAACGAUCCGAGCCGCGCGCUUCGCUUAGGGCUCUCUCCCUCUCGAGCCUAAAGAGUAAAGACGGUCGUUUUCUCUCUCUGUCUCUCUCUUCUUCUUCUUCUUCUUCUUCUUCUCUCCUUGGCCUAGUCAUUGUCGUCGUCGCCGUUUGAUGGGGCAGUCUCUGGGCCUUACACCCUUCUCGUAGCAGCAGCAGCAGCAGCAGCAAGCAACAUCAGCCGUUAAUAUGUUUUCCAGACGAUGAUCAUCGCUGGGGAUUCAAGAAGAGCAUGACUGAUUUGGUGGCCCGGACGGGUCGACUUCAGCAACGUUACGAGGCCGGUUGUCGCCUUGUCGCGGGGUGUAUUCCAUUUAAGUACAGAAAUUCUGAUGAAAAUUGUGAUUCUAAACCGGAGAAGGUUGUCGAGGUUCUUAUGAUAAACUCACAAAGUGGGCCAGGACUUCUGUUUCCGAAGGGUGGUUGGGAAAAUGAUGAAACUGUUGAAGAAGCAGCAGUUCGUGAAGCUUUAGAAGAAGCUGGAGUUCGAGGGGAGAUCAUGGGGUUCUUGGGGUACUAUGACUUCAAGAGCAAAACACACCAAGAUGAGUUUAGCCCGGACGGUUUGUGUAAAGCUGCCAUGUUUGCUUUGUUUGUCAAGGAGGAGCUUCCUUCAUGGCCGGAGCAGAGCACUCGCCAAAGGAGAUGGCUAACCAUCCCCGACGCGGUGGACAAUUGCCGGCAUGCUUGGAUGCAGGAGGCCCUUGUUGAAGCAUUUUCCAAGUGGUAUGAAGAAACAAUGACAGCGAGCAGUCCGUAUGACAGUUUGGAUUCCUCUCCCAACGGUUAGGAAACAACCCGACCCCCCAGUUCAGUAACUACAAGAAAAACAUACUGAUGGAUGGACGCUCUUCUGAUGUUUGGUCUUUUUACCAGUCGUGAUUUUGUUUCGUUUUGACACCAGCUUCUCUGUUUAUUUUGUGGAGAAAAGAAUGUUCAAUGAUUUGCUUGCGUGUCCGAGCCUUUCAAAUACUCA